CACCACGCAGUCCUUCCGCACUAAAUCCUCAUUGAUUGAAGGCCUUCAUACGCGCCCUAAACACUAAUUACUGCGGCUCGUCGAUCAUUUCGCUGUCCGAUCGAAGGACGCUGAAGGGAAGCCAAAAGAAAGCUUGAGCCGGCUCGGCCGGAGCCGUGUGGUGAAGGACUCAAGCACGCUCGCUUCAGCUAGGUGAAGGACAUCUGCAGGACUCCCAAUUCGCGGCCGGCGUCAUUGGCGAGCCAUCGCACCUCUCUUUUCAUGAUGUAUGUGAAUAUCAAAGAUGAUUCCCCGCAGCCUCUCUCGCAGGCUGUGCCGUUCUCCGAGCGCACGUCAGAAAGGACAGGCGCUGCGCAGUCCACGCGUCACGUUGUGCCCACCGAAGGACCUCUGGCUGUCGCAUACAUAGACUCGGAUCCCUCGUGAAGCGGUUCAAUCUGAAAGAUCACCUCCCUCUCGGCAUCCUCCCUCUCGACAAAUCUCUCAUCACGGCAACAUGAAAUUCACAACGGCAAUCUCCCCGCUUCUGCUGGCUGGCGGCGCGGCGGCUACUAUCCAGAACUUGACACUAAGCACAUUCUGGCCGUUCGUGCAGGAUCAUGACUUAUCUAUGGUUUCUUACGUCUCACCCUGGUGCAAAUUCUGCACAGAUAUUGCCCCAAAAUUCGAUGAGGCGGCGGCUAGCCUGGAGUCUGAGGGCAUUCCCUUGAUUCGGGUAGACUGCACGAUGGAGGAGGAUAUCUGCGAUGAUGUGCCCAUUUUCCCGACUUUGAGGAUAUUCCGCAAGGGAGAAGCCACAGUCUACCACGGAAUUCGAACAGCAGAGGCCAUCGUGAACACCAUGCGCCGAAACACAUUACCUCUCGUGACCGAUCUAUCAUCGCCAUCCGAUCUAGACACCUUCCGAAAGCAGGACCGCGUUUCGGUAGUGGGAUACUUCGACGACGCCACGCAGAGCGAGGCAAAGGCAAACUUCACCUCCCUCGCAGAAAAGGUCCGCAACAAGUACAGCUUCGCCACUACUUCGGAUCCAAAGUUCGGCAAGCUCAAUAAUGUUCAAGCGCCAGCCAUCGCCGCCUUCAAAAACUUCGAUAUCGACUCGAGCGUCGAGACUUUCAACAAACUUUUCACCCUUGAGCACAUGGAGCAAUGGUUGGAAAACAACACUGCUCCAUUCAUCUCGGAAUACGGACUCGACAUUGGUCUCAGCUCUUUGAAGCUUCGAGAGACCUACACGGCCUACCUCUAUGCCAGCACCCGAGAAGAACGCGAGCGCCUGAAGCAAGAAAUCGCACCGGUCGCAUCAAAAUUCAAAGGUCGCAUCCUGUUCGUCACCAUCGACCCAGAAGACAAGAGCCCGGUGGCCAAAAGCCCGAAAGACUUCGGCUUCACACCAGGCGUAUGGCCCGCGUUGGGAGUGACAGACCCCGAGACCAAGGAGUACACCUUCGCAUUCCCUAAGCAAGGCUCAUAUGAAGCACUGUCUUCGAGCGAUGCCGAGACAUUCCUCCAGAGCGUGCUUGAUGGCUCGGCGGAGAAGAUCACCAAAGAGGCUAAAGGUCAGCAGGAAGGGCUGCAGAGCUUCUGGGGCGAGCAAGCGAAGUUGGGCAAGCGAGGGGGCAAAUAAUAAGUAAAUUCCAAGUACGAUAAUGCAUUGAAAUUUCGGGCACUCCAUUUCAACCUCGACGUAUGAUUUCGAGACAAGCUUGCAGACACUCGGCUCGCGAUCGCAUGUUGUUCUGUCACUGUAGCAAUUUCGACGGCUUCUCAUACCCCCUCACAACAGAGCAUGGUCAAACGGGAUGAAACGCCAUGGGACAGCCCAGGUCGGCGCCUUAUCCAAGUUCGUGGACGG